AUGGUGAAAAAACAAAAAAAUCAAUAUACAAAUACUUCGUCUGAUCUGGGUGAUUUUCGAAAAGGAUCUAUUGUUCGUGUGAGUUUAGAAAAUUUUGUAACUUAUGAUUCAAUUGAGUUUUAUCCGGGGCCAAAUCUUAAUAUGAUUAUUGGGCCAAAUGGUAGUGGUAAAAGUACGUUUGCAUCUGCUAUUUGUAUAGGUCUUGGGUGGAAUCCGAGUUUUCUUGGGCGUGCAAAGGAUAUUAGUGAAUAUAUUAAAUUUGGUUCUGAAAAGGCACAUAUUGAGAUUGAGUUAAAAGGCUCUGGCAAAGGCUCUAAUGUUUUAGUUUCCCGUGUUAUUUAUAAUGAUAAUACAAGUACAUGGGAAUUGAAUGGUAUAUCUUCCACUCAUAAACAUAUCAAAGAAAAAAUGGAUGAAUUUAAUAUACAGAUUGAUAAUUUAUGUCAGUUUCUUCCUCAAGAUAAAGUUAGUGAAUUUGCACAAUUAACACCAGAAAAACUACUUAGAGAGACGGAAAGAGCUGUUGGUGAUUCAGAAAUGUUACUUCAGCAUAAUAAAUUAAUUGAAUUGGAAGCAAGUCAAAAAAAUGAUUUAACUGCGAAAACUAUUGAUCAAUCUCAGUUGGAAAAUUUAAUUGAGAAACAAGCUAUUGCGCGUCGUGAUGUAGAACGUUUUCGUGAAAGAGAAGCUAUCAUUAAGACAAUUAGGAUUUUGGAACUUAGAAUUCCUUUUGUGCAAUAUUCUGAUGCAAGAAAGGCAUUUUAUAAUUCUAAAAAAUUAAGAAAUGAAAAAAAGGCUGAAUUGGAUCAAAUAGAGAAAGAAUAUUCUCCUUUUCUUAGUAAAAAAAUACAAGCAGAGACUACUUUGAAUGAAUGUCUAGUAGAAAAGAAUAAAAUAAAGACUUCUUUAAAUAAUAAGUGUAGUGAGUUGGAUUCUUUGAUUUUGUCUUUUGAAAAAUAUUGUGAUUCUAUUAAAGAAAUUCGAAGUGAAAUUAGAGCUGAGAAAAGAAAAGAGAGGGAACGAUGUCAAAAAAUUCUUGAACUUAAAGAUACAAUUGUUUUUAUGGAAUCGCGACUUGGAAACAAACCAUCUGAAAAUGAUAUGAAUGCCAUACUAGGCAAAUUGACUGAAGCUAAUAAUUCAGUGAAAAAAGUAAAGAAAGAAUUAGAGAAUUUGAAUAUGAAUAUAGGAGAGUAUCUACAUCAAAUUAAUGAAUCUAAAGUUACUUUAAAUCAAGUUCAAAAUAAGUUGUAUGAUCUUGAUAAUAUUCGAGAGCAAAGACUUCAAUGGUUGAAACAAAAUGACCGUGACGUUUAUGAUGCUGUAAUUUGGUUAUCUAAUAAUAGAAAUAAAUUUAAGGAUCAUGUUUAUGAUCCUGUUUAUUUGGAGAUUAAUGUUAAGGAUCUUAAAUAUGCGGAUUUUGUAGAAGCAUGUUUUCAAAGAAAUACUUAUACGGCAUUUACUUUUUUGAAUAGAGAUGAUUAUAUAUUGUUCAACCGUAUACUUGUUGAUUCAAAGGAAGGUUGUGGUCGCGAAUUAAGAUUGCAUACUACAGAAUUUUCUAAUACCAGUGCACCAAGCCUGGAUAUGCAAAAACAACCAUGUACUUCUAGUCAACUUAAACAAAACUUUGAUAUGGAUGGUUAUCUUUUGGAUUUUUUAGAUGGAUCUCCUCCAGUAUUGAAUACAUUGUGUCAUAUUGCUAAUGUUCACAAAAUUCCUGUAAGUGUUCAUGAAAUAAGUGAUGUAUGUUAUAAAAAGCUUUCUCAAUGUGUUAAUUCGGCAAAUCAAUUUAUUUUUCCUGUUUUUAUAUCUGGAAGAACUCACUACACUAUGAAAAAAUCAAAAUAUGGUAGAAAAGAUGUUUCAACUAUUACUAAGUUAGUAACAAAGGCACAAAGAUUUACAGUUACAGUAAAUACUGAGGCUAAAGAAUUGUUACAACAACAAAUAACGGAUUUGAAUUUAGUUAUUAAAAAAAAUGAAGCUUCCAUUCAAGAACUAAGAAAAACUGAAGAUCGUAUAAAGAUUAGAUUUAAUGAUGCUGUAGAUAGAAAAAACAGUUUGUUGAAAAAAAAAGAUGAUAUGCUAAAGGAAAUCAAAGAAUGGGAUUAUCAACUAUUGCAGCUUGAAAAAACUAAAGAGAGUUUACGCUCUUGGAAUUCCUUGUCUAAUGUAUCUGCUGAUAAUAUUAAAAAAUUAAAGGAAAGAAUGAAAGAAGUAGUAGAACAGCAUACAGCUUCUGCAAUUCAGCUUAAAGAUUUAACAUUGAAUGCUUUUCAAACAACAAAUAAAAUGGUAUCUAUGAGUAUUCGUGAAAUUCAAAAAAAUGAUAAUUACUCUGAAAUUAUUGAGAAAAGUAGUGAAAUAGUUGCAAAAAUUGAUGACAUUAAAAAAUCUUAUGAUGAAUUAAAAGAAGUAACUCAGAAUUUAAAAAAUAUUGCUGCUGAAAAAUUAGAAAUAGCACGAAAAAAUCUUGAAAAUGUGGACGAAGAGACACAAAAAGAGAUGGAAAAGCAAAUUGAACAAGACAUAACUGAAGAGUUACUUAAUGAACAAAUAGAAUUUGAAAAAGGGAAACUUGAAUUUAUAUAUCAAACAAAUCCUAAUGUUAUCUCGCAAUUUGAAAAAAGAGAAUAUGAUAUUGAAACCCUUAAAAAAAGGAUUAAUGAAUUUGAGUUACGGUUGCAAAAAACACAAUUAGACAUAGAUAAUUUGAGAGCAAUAUGGGAACCAAAAUUAGAUGAUAUAGUUUCUGGAAUUAAUAGUAAUUUUUCUGAGGCAUUUGAAUAUAUAGGAUGCGUUGGAGAGGUUCGUAUUGGUAAAAAUAAUGGAUUUGAUAAAUGGCGUAUUGAAAUUUUAGUAAAAUUUAGAGAUAAUGAAAAUCUUCAGUUGUUGACAGCUCAAAGACAAUCAGGAGGAGAAAGAUCUGUUUCUACUGUCUUUUACUUAAUUGCUAUGCAAAGUUUGUUGAAAGUACCAUUUCGAGUAGUUGAUGAAAUUAAUCAAGGUAUGGAUCCAAGAAAUGAAAGACUUGUACAUGCAAAACUAGUAGAUACUAUGAGUAAAAAAAAUACUCCACAGUGCUUUUUAAUUACUCCAAAAUUGUUGCCAUCUUUGCAAUAUAGUAACAACAUGAGGAUAUUAUGUAUAUGUAAUGGUGAUUGGAUUACUCAAGAGAGUAAGUUCGAUAUGCAGAAAUAUGUUGAAUCGAUUAGAAAGUUAAAGUUAGCUAAAGGAAUUGUUUGA